AUGUUGGAACGGUCAUUUCUGCUCGUAUUACUCCUCCUGGUUGUCCAGGUACAUCAUGGUCAAACAAUGGACGACGCAGCCAUGUUACAUAAAACAUUACUGGCAGACUACAACAAACAUAUUCGACCAUCCGUUGACCAGUCUAAACCGGUUAUUGUCAACGUCACAUUUGAUCUGGUGCCUGUACGGGAAGUUGAUGAAAUAAUGGGGAAAAUAUCACUUGUCGGAGCUCUGUGGUUAAUCUGGAAAGAACCUAGGAUGUUGUGGAAUCCUUUUGCAUAUAGUCAACCAACGAAAGCAGUCGGUGCAGAUCACUAUUGGUACCCAGUUCGUAUUUAUUACGAUGGAACUGCCGUCUGGACGCCUAUUGACGUUGUGACUACGACGUGUACUUUCGACAUAACGUAUUACCCAUUUGCUGUACAAACUUGUGAGAUUUCCUUCAUGCCAUACGGAGCUUUUGUAAACGAAAUUUACCUACAUGCCGCUGAAAAAGAAGUUUCAAGACGUUACUUUACAGAGAACGGAGAAUGGGCUUUAGAAAAGGCAGAGACGGUUUCUGGCCUCAUUGAUGAACAGUUUCCGACCUUUGUAAUUGUUCUCGAGCUUAGAAGAAGACCAACGUUUGUGAUAGUCAACGUCAUACUACCGAUUUUAUUCAUGGGAUUGCUAAAUGCACUUGUAUUCUUUCUACCAGCAAGUUCCGGUGAGCGCGUGUCUUUUGCUAUGACAGUGUUACUAGCAAUAGCUGUAUUUCUUACACUUGUUGGUGACAAUAUGCCCAAGACGUCACAGCCCAUGUCGACAAUAUGUUACUUCCUGCUGACUAAUCUCGUACUUAGCUCUCUCAUCAUGAUUGUGACAGUCCUCAAUCUCAAUCUCUACCACAAGGUUUAUACAACUACAGUACCACAUUUGUACGCUUUGUGA